GCCACUUGCUAUACUGUUCUAAGCAUUAGUGAGACCAGUAGUAGGGUUGGCAAAUAAAGCAUUGCGAGCUAGCGAGUGCUUUUUUUGGGAUAUGGGAACCUUUCAAAUCCCGAAAGUCUCUCUCACUCAAGCGAUUGUUGUCAUGACCAGCGUGCAAGUUUCUUCUACCAUCGCUCUGCUCUUCCUUGUCUUGCCGACGACUUCCUUCCUCCCUCCGCCUGAAGGGCCUCGGAGUGUACAUCUCACUUGUCUAUCAAAAAAGCACUUGCAUCGUUCUGAUUCUUGCCGAAUAACAUCAUCGCUUCAUGUGGCCAGCCUUCAUGACAGACUGUCACACUGACACGAGUUGCCUUAUAGGGAGUAGAUGUGACAUCACUCGAAUUUCGGAAUUUCCUCGAGCAGGAUGGCAGAUGGACUCCGUCAUCGAUGAUUCCAGAUUAACUUCGCCUAAGCUCCGUCCGAUGGGGGUCGCCGACUGGGUUGCCUUCACAGGACUGGUGUUGACAGUUGUCACCUUGCCUACCUUACCCCACCAUACCUAUACAAGUCAAUGCACCUGGAUUAGGCAGGACUCUAAAGGACAAAUCCGAUCAAAUAAGCCUUUUGUAGCCUCAGCAUCAGGUUAUGCCCCUCGGUUCUUGGUCGACGAUGGUGCAAAGCCCCAUAGUCUAAGUCCUGGGUCGGAGAUGGGGGCACUCUCCGAAUCGGGAAGUAACGACUUUCAGUUGAGCUGAGCCUGAGUAAGCGAGGAGUCAGCACUUUCAAUUCAUUU